CUUGGACCUGUACUUAAACAAUCCUAAUGUUAGUUGAACCCGGUGUUCUUGGAGAUGCAAACAAUAUCAAAUCACAACUGAUCAAAAAUUAGGCAGAUCUGAAAAAGAAUUGAACAAACUAAACCGGUCCAACAAAAUAAGAGAAAGCAAUAUUUCACAUAAUUUGGUUUCCCUUGCAUUAAAUUAAAUACUGGUGCAGUGGAUAAGAUUAUUUAAUAAUUCUGCUCUUUUGUUUCCUGUCUUGCAAGUUGUUGUUCUGAUUCCAUACUUGCAUGCCCAUUGCUCACAUGAAGUCGAAUCUUUCUGUCCUUCACUGAAAAAGAAAUAGAAAUCCAGCAAAAGCGUAUGCUCCAAUUAUUUCUUUAUUUAGUAAAAAUUUAGUUAAAAAAUAUCAUUUUUGGGCAAAAGCUCAGAUAUUGUCUCUCUGUUCCAUUAUUAUUAGAUUAUUGCUGAUGUGACUGGUGGGAUUGGAGAGUUUCAUUGCGAUCUGCUGUGAUGGUCCGUUGAAAAAAACUGCAUUUCAUGGCUUCCUGGUAGGGUUUUGAUUAUAUAUAUGGGAUUUUGAUUUUCUUCCAAGAUUUUUGACAAUUGAAUUCCCAGGGAAGUAUCAAGAAUUCUGUACUUUGUAGUUGAAUUCAAGGAUGUAAACUGUGCUCUAGAAACAGAAUGGAGAGCAGAAACGUUAAAACUAUUGUGUGGUUUAGGAGGGAUUUGAGGAUUGAGGACAAUCCUGCUUUAGCCACUGCUGCCAGAGAUGGGAGUGUAUACCCAGUGUUUAUAUGGUGCCCCAAAGAAGAAGGACAAUUCUACCCUGGAAGAGUUUCAAGGUGGUGGCUCAAGCAGUCUCUCAUUCAUUUGGACCAGUCUUUGCAGUCCCUUGGAGCUGAAUUGGUGUUCAUCAGAGCUGAUAGUACCCUUGAUGCCCUCUUACAAUGCAUCACUUCUAUUCAAGCAACAAAAGUUGUCUAUAAUCAUCUCUAUGAUCCCAUUUCUGUUGUGCGUGAUCACAAAAUCAAACAAAGAUUAGAGGAGCUUGGUUAUUCUGUCCAAAGCUAUAAUGCUGAGUUGUUGAAUGAACCGUGGGAAGUUUAUAACGAGGAUGGAAAGGUUUAUACCGAAUUUGAUGCGUUUUGGCAGAAGUGUUUGCACCAAACUAAGGAACAAUCUGUUUCACAUCUCCCUCCCUGGCGAUUAACACCUGCUCAAGGCUCAGUUAGGAAGUUCUCGAUUGAGGAAUUGGGUCUGGAAAAUGAAACAGAAAAGUCCAGUAAUGCCUUACUCGGAAGAGGAUGGUCACCUGGAUGGAGCAAUGCUGAUAAUGCACUAACCGAUUUCAUAGAACAUCACUUGCUAGAAUACUCGACGAAACGCCAUAGAGUUGGAGGCAAUUCCACUUCUCUCCUGUCUCCUCAUCUCCAUUUUGGGGAAUUAAGCGUAAGAAAGGUUUACCAUAGUGUGCACAUGAAGCGUUUGGUUUGGGUGAAAGAAGGGAACUCAACAGGAAGAGACAGUGCAACUCUAUACCUAAAAGCUAUUGGGCUUCGAGAGUAUUCCCGCUACAUCUGUUUUAACUUCCCAUUCCUACAUGAAAGGUCACUGCUGAGCAACCUGCAGUAUUUCCCAUGGAAUGCCGAUCAGACCCAUUUUAAGGCUUGGAGACAGGGUCGGACGGGAUAUCCUUUAGUUGAUGCGGGAAUGAGAGAGCUCUGGGCCACCGGAUGGGUCCAUAAUAAGAUAAGAGUUAUCGUUUCAAGUUUUUGUGUGAAAUUUCUACUUCUGCCAUGGCAAUGGGGGAUGAAGUAUUUUUGGGAUACACUACUUGAUGCAGACUUGGAAACUGAUGUUCUUGGAUGGCAGUAUAUAUCUGGCAGCUUACCAGAUGGGCAUGAACUUGAGCGCCUAGAUAGCCCAGAGGUCCAGGGGUUCAACUUUGAUACAGAGGGUGAAUAUGUGAGGCAAUGGCUGCCCGAGCUUGCAAGAAUGCCAACCGAGUGGAUCCAUCAUCCUUGGGAUGCACCUUCUAGUGUGCUUAGGGCUGCUGGUGUUGAACUCGGUUUGAACUAUCCCAAGCCCAUAGUUGAUUUGGACGUAGCAAGGGAACGUCUGACUGAAGCUAUACUCACCAUGCGGGGAAAAAACCCAAUUGAAGGUGCAGAUGAAGUUGUCUUUGAAAACUCUAACUGUAAUGAAAAUUUGGUCAUUCCAAACGCUACUUGCCCCACCAGUUCGUCACGUGAUCAGAGAGUUCCAUCUCUCCAUAAUGGGCUUGUGAACAAAAAGAGAGCAAAUCCUACAGAAGAGGAGGAGAAAAGGCCGGUAAAAGAACAUUUUCAAAGCCAGAAGAAGAAUGAAGUUGAGGGGUCGAAGAUGGAUGAAGACUUGUACUCUACAGCAGAAUCUUCUUCAAUGAAGAAGCAGAAUACCACUGGUAGUAGCAGUAGACAUUCGUUUUCCGUUCCUGAAGCCAUUUCAAUUUCUUCCAACGCAACAUCUUUUGAGGAUCACAAAUCCUAUGAGCUCAAGCUUCAAAAGCUAAAGGAAUUGGAAGAUGAUGAUAUGUCAAGCAUAAAUGUAGAUGCCUUGGACAGAUGAAGUCGUGAGGUACAGAUCAGCAAUGGCUUGCUGGUUUUUACCUGGUUUUCCAUGCCUGUGGAUUAUUAUUUAAAUAGAGAUUCAUCUAAAACCAAAAUGGUAUUUAUUUAGAGUCAUUUAUUUAUCAUAACACAGUUAAAUAAAUACACGAGAGGAUAUGUUUUUUUUAAUAUUAAAUAAACAAACUGUUUUAACUAACAUGCUUGUGAGUUGUUAGUUGAUAUUGAAUGUACCAAC